AUACGCCUUUUCUGCUGCCGCUGCAUCUUCCACUCGCGUCAAGAAACGAAACCCAGCUGCACCAGCAACUUCUGCCAGCAGACCCAACGACCGAAGCUUUUUUUUUCUUUCUUUUCAUCGCCGCCGCUCGGGGUUCAAGGUUCAGCGCGUCCCCGAAUGACGGGCACGUACGAGGCCUCCGACCGUCCUCCUCCUCCCAACUCCGCCGGCUACCGGACCGACAAAGUCCGGCGAAAGCGGCUGACGGCGCAGAAGAGGAAAGAGAUCAAGGAGGCGUUCGACCUCUUCGACAUCGACGGCUCCGGCACCAUCGAUGCAAGGGAGCUGAACGUCGCGAUGAGAGCCCUUGGAUUCGAGAUGACACCGGAGCAAAUCGGGCAGAUGAUCGCGGAGGUGGACAAGGACGGCAGCGGCACCAUCGACUUCGACGAGUUCGUGCACAUGAUGACGGACAAGAUGGGCGAGCGGGACGCCCGGGACGAGCUCCACAAGGCGUUCCGCAUCAUCGACCAGGACGCCAACGGAAAGAUCUCGGACAUGGACAUCCAGCGGCUGGCCAUCGAGACCGGCGAGCACUUCACGCUGGACGAGGUCCGGGAGAUGAUAGAGGCCGCCGACGAGGACGGCGACGGCGAGAUCGACCUGGAGGAGUUCAUGAAGAUGAUGAAGCGGACAGACUUUGGCUCUGGGUUCUAGUAGUCACAGACAAGCCAAUCCCAACAUACAUUGAUACAUACCAUCGGUGAAAAAUACAUAUCACCUAGCUACUACGCUACAUAUGACUGGAGUAUUGGGAUUUAUUUGAGAAAUAAUGGCGUACACACACCACACAUCAUUGUGCACUAACUACUCUAGUACGUCCUAGCUACGGGUUGUGUAUUUAUUUACACGUAAUGAAACACAUACUACUA